AUGUAUCUCAUGGCAAGCAACCAGGAUCCCCUCAAUCCCGAGCACAAGGGCAAGAGCCUGCUCGAAUUUGUAGAGAUGCAACUCAAGACGAUCGAACAACUUCGAGACAAUGCCCUCAGGGAAAGCAACAUGUGGCCGAGAGGUUUCAACGGCGAGUACUACGGUCCACACGACCCUCCUCCAUCUACUUGGCCCUUGGAUCACGUUCCAGAUCAAAUCAUCGAUUCCAUCGUUGAUGCCGUGUCUGAUGACGCUCGAUUCCGGGACCACAAGCACCACGAGAAGUGCGGCUGCAAAGGGACCAAGUUCUGGUCCAACGAGACUGCCGUCUAUCCGUGGGUUCCUUUCACGCCCACGGUCAAGUUCCUCGCUUGGGUCGACAAGACUUUCAGGGACAACAUCUUCACCAGGAAGUUGGUCCCCGCGCUCUGUCUCUGUUCGUCAUUCACGUUGUUUCAAGCGGACAAGUACAUCAAUCCGAAGUACUAUGCUCAUGUCAAGCAGAUCGUGAUCACUCCCUACGUUCUCGACAACGGUUCCCAAUACUGCUCCGGCCUGCAAGACUUCAUUCAAAAACUACCCAACAUCGAUUGCAUCUUUGACGGGUCCAAGCAAAUUGCGGUCUAUGGAUGUCCUAUGCCAGAAAAGAUGUUCAAUGUCACCCUCAGGGUCUCGCGAAUUAAUCACGAACUCGAGCCUAUUCCCGUCAAAGAGAUCAGGAUGCUACAGAUCCACUCUACCCCUGAUGCUCUGAACGAAAGUGGUGUCGAUUACGCGAACGGGCCCGACCUCAACAACGGUCUGGGGACUUUUGCUAGCAAGGUCAAGGCAAUCGCCAAGAACAUCAAAAAGAUUACCAAUCUACAGCUCAAGGCAAGUUGGAGUCGUGUCCCCGGCAUGAUCACUUGCGGAUGCUCUCACACACCUCGAAUGCCCGCUUGGAAAUGCCUUACCGAUCCCGUUCCUGAGCACUUUCCCACGCUCAAAGUGCUGGAUCUGUACGUGCCGUUCUGUUUGCCUACGCCCGGGUUCUACAGGGAGGCGCAGUGGUGGGGUUACCUCGAGUGGCUUCUCACCACCCCGGCCAAGUUUGAGGCCCUUCAAAUCCACUUUGAAUGGAGUCCCAAAUACAUUCCUUGGCCGAGGGCUUCAGCCCGAGAUAUCUCGCACGCUAUGGGUGUCGAGUUGCCUCCCGAAGCUCGGUACGGCUGGCAGGAACGCAUCCGCCGCAAGAUGCCUACCUUUCUCUUGGAGCCCACUCUCGAGAACUUUAUCCGGGAUAUCUACGGUCGUCAUCCCGAGUUGAAGAUGAUCCAGCUCGUCUACAAGGCUCGAAUGUCUGACAAGUACGAGCCCGAGCUGUAUCGAUUGGUCUACAGCCACCGUAAUCCCUCGGGAGAUUGCUUGAUCAUCGACCAGCUCGAGCCUUGUUACGGUGACCUCGUCAAGGAGAGUCUCGACUUGGUCCAAGGCGGCGAGCUUGAACGUCUGAGCGAUUGCUAUCGUUACAAUACUGCGGAGUACGCAAAGCCCCCCAAGACAUCCAAGUUCGACCCCGAGAUGAACUUGAUGGCACCUCUGGGACUAAAGAUGGAGGACGGUUUCAAGUUUUUCGGUCACAACAAGGAAGACUUUGCCGAGGACUACUACGGAAGGGCAGAUAUUUCCGACAAGUGUCUGGACGUGAACGUCAAGCUAUUCGAACUCAUGGAAGACGCCAAGGGCCAUCGAAAGUCCGAAGCCCGCUUCGAGGAGAUUAGCAGCGAAGAGGAGGAAUAG